AUGUCCAUCAGAGAACACAAACCCAAAACGAGUGGUUUUCUCCGUUCUCAUACUAAUCUUAUCAGUCCUCAAAGUACUCAUCAGGUCAGACCAAUAGCCUUCCUUAAGAAUCCAGCCAUCCCGCUAGACCUUCUCACCUCAUUCAUUCCUCACACUCCUACCAUCCCACAAGCUCGGAUCUCUCCCAUCGACGAGAUUCACAACGAUCCUUCUGCCGAUCAGGCUACUGACAAAGUAGAAAGUCGAACGAAAAAUACCUCUAAAGCGAUGGUUCUGUCUACUCAAAGAAGCUCUCAGCACCUACCGUUGAGCCAAGGUGCUCUAUCUAGCCAAGCGAUGGACCCAAGGAACUCUCAAAACCCCCGCAAUCACAAAGACGGUCAAGGUAAUCCAUCUCAACAAGAUAAAUUUCCUUCUCAAGCUGGACUCUACACCCCUCAAGAUCAUCAAAAGAACCCCAUUCGAGGUGCUAAUGAUCACUCAACGGGAGUAAAUCAUCUCAAUCGACCACCAACUCAGGACUCUAAUGUUCACAAUGCUAACAACCGACCUGUCAAAGCACAAGAUUAUGCUACAUACCCAGGCAAUAUGAAGGAGGCCGACCGAAUCGGCAAUAGUAGUUCUGGUCUCCCUCGUGGCAAUAUCACCAGUGGGCAAACCGACAGUGCUCACAAGCAAGAUACUCUCAAAGUCAAUAUGCCUCCUCCACCUCGAUAUGAUAAUAAAUGCAUUCCUAUAGUUCCUGAAAGGCAAGCUUACAACGGCCAGACUCCAGCCCAGACCCCUCCAGCACUUCCUCGAGAGCAAGCUCCGAUGACUCUUGAAUUCCGAGAAUUCCGAAACGAGUUUCAAGCUGAAGAAGAGUUUGACGAGCUUGGUGAAGACUACGAUAACUUUGAGGAGCCAACUCCAGUGGAACACGGGCCAGUUGGUGUUCCUCCUCCAGAUGCUUCUCGGAUCAGGUAUCAACACCCUUUCGAGAUUUCGAAUAAUGUGUCUCAAUCUUCAUCUCGCUAUGAUGCUGAUUCUAGAUUUGGUAAGACCUCUUAUGGUCAUCGAUCGAAUCGACCAGAUGAUCCUAUUACACCUAUUCACGUCGGUCGAAAUAUCAAUUCAUCUACAAAACUUCCCCGAAGGGUUCCCACCAAUGGGUAUAACUCUUACUCUAUGCCAGGCCGUCCCUCAUUCGAUGACGAACUUGCCUUGGGCGGUGUUCCUUCACGAAGAAUCCCGAUGGCAGAAUCGGUCUUGACGUUCGACGAAUCUGGUCAACCAGUAACUCCUGACAGGAACGGUGGUGGGGAUAAGAGUAUUUUCAACUUCACUCCGUCUGCUAAAGAUUCGGAAGCGGAGAAAGAAGUUGUACCUGAGCCUGAAGCUCGAUUUAAGAUUCCUGUUGAGUUGGAGGAUCCUUUCGCACUGAUCAGAUCUUUCAUCGAUCGUGAGAAAGUCUUCGAGGGAGUCCUGAAAUUUACAGGAGAUCCCAAAUUCCAACCUACUUGGGCUACUAUCAAGGAGGGACAUACUAAACUCAGUAGUAGCCUGAAUUCUACCCAUUAUCACUUUGAAAGUGUCGACGGAUCUCUCACCAAACUCGUUGAGAUCAAGGAUAAAGAACUCGAACGAAAGAUCGGUCUUACCAAAAGGUAUGCAGAAGCUGGCUCGGACCUUUCCGAGCAUUGCAGUAUGAUGCAAUUGGCCACUAGAAACAACGUCAAGCGAAAGAAGAUUGAGAUGGAGGUGGAUUAG